CUCUUGAGGCGAUCAGAACGCCUCUGUCUUCCUUCAGGGAAGGAGGCGGCGGAGGGGGAGCGGGGUCCGUGGCCGGCUCGGAGGCAACGGAGCCCUCACCCAGCCCUCGAGCUUGCUCCUUCGGUCGCUGUCCUCCCCGCUCCUUCUUUCCCCGAAGCCGUGGCUGCGAGCGGCGAAGCGUCUUCAUGAACCCCGAGGAUGUCCGGGAAGCACUACAAGGGCCCUGAAGUCAGUUGUUGCAUCAAGUAUUUCAUCUUCGGCUUCAACGUCAUCUUCUGGUUCCUGGGCGUAGCAUUUCUUGGAAUUGGACUGUGGGCAUGGAAUGAAAAAGGAGUGUUGUCCAACAUCUCUUCCAUCACUGACUUGGGAGGCUUUGAUCCAGUGUGGCUUUUCCUUGUGGUUGGAGGAGUGAUGUUCAUUUUGGGGUUUGCAGGAUGCAUUGGAGCUCUGCGGGAGAACACCUUCCUUCUCAAGUUUUUCUCUGUAUUCCUUGGAAUUAUCUUCUUCCUGGAACUCACAGCUGGUGUUCUGGCAUUUGUUUUCAAAGACUGGAUCAAAGACCAGCUGUAUUUCUUUAUCAACAACAAUAUCCGAGCAUACAGAGAUGACAUUGAUUUGCAAAACCUCAUUGACUUUACACAAGAAUAUUGGCAAUGCUGUGGAGCCUUUGGAGCAGAUGACUGGAACCUCAACAUCUAUUUCAACUGCACGGAUUCCAAUGCCAGUCGGGAGCGCUGUGGGGUGCCCUUUUCUUGCUGCACUAAAGAUCCUGCUGAAGAUGUCAUUAAUACUCAGUGUGGCUACGAUGCCAGGCAGAAACCUGAAGUUGACCAGCAGAUUGUUAUUUAUACAAAAGGCUGUGUCCCUCAGUUUGAGAAAUGGCUUCAAGACAAUCUCACUAUAGUGGCUGGCAUAUUCAUUGGAAUUGCAUUGUUGCAGAUAUUUGGUAUAUGCUUGGCUCAGAACCUAGUUAGCGACAUCGAAGCUGUCCGAGCCAGCUGGUAAACUUGCUGACCACAAGUGGCACAAGACACUGGACAAUUCAACCUCAACUCUUGGAAAACUCCAUUGUGUCCUGUGGACACCCUGCUAUUAUGGAAAAGGGUAACAGGGAAAUCUCAAGUUCUCAAAUAGCUGGAACUGCAUGGGACCCUUGUUUAUUUCAGAGGAAAUGGCUUCAGCCUCAUGCUUGCUGAUGAGAGCUUUUGAAAAUAGCCCCCGUUUGAAAUGUUUUGAGCCAUGUAUCUCUACUGUAUUCAUGACCAAGUAAAGUGGUAUAUUCCCCUUUCUUCUUUAUUUUUGUGGUAAAGCACCUGUAUGGGGGGCACAGUCAGGAUGUAGUUUAGCAGGGCAUGUUUUUUAUUCUCUGUGACAGGAGCUUGUCAGAAGCUGCCAGUGUGAGGCCAUUUCUUCUCUCUCGCUAGUGCACACCAAAGGAGUGGUGUGAAUGAGUGUGUUUUUAACAGACAAAGAGACCACCAUUCCUUCUGGAAGAAAACCCACCAAAAGAAAACCACUUUGUGCAUCUUGGCCUCUUUGCUUACCAGUAAGAAAUGAUCAGUCUACCACAAGAGAUUCAAGAUCUGCUCUGUAAUGCCCUCUGUUGGGGAACAGCAUCUUUAAUUCUUUCUCAUCCUCUUGUAACCUUAUUUCCAAAGGGGGGUAGAGGUAAAAAUUUUGAGAUCUUCAUCGGAAUGUUUAAGGGAAACAUCCAGGUGUUACUGCUUUUUACAAAUUACAACAGUUGGUGAUAUAUGAUGUGAGAAAAGGAGUUAAUAGUGAGGCUUAAGAAUGAGAAGUGAGCUGAAUCUCCAAAAAUCCAAACCCAGAAUAUUCUGAACUUCAUGGACAUUAAGCAAGCAUUUUGCAUUGCUGGACAAAUAUAUAAGAUGCUCCACUGAAACCUUUCUGAGUGGAUGUUCUGUUUUCCCCCAAUUUCUGCAUGUGGUGGCUAUAAGCCUUUGGAAUCUGUUCAGUGUGAUUUGUUUUGGAUAUCUGUUCUGCAGAAGCUUCCAAUUACAACAUGUUUAUUUAUUAGUGCAAAAGUGGAUCCAGUGAUGACAAUUUGCAUCUCUUUAUUUUGCAGCUAGAAUGUACCAUUUAUUUCUUUCUUUUUCUAUCUCUUACUCUCUGGUUUGAAAUAGUAACACUUCUUUUUAAAAACUUUUUGAGAUGUGUUAAAUAAUCAUUUGAUUUUGAGAGGUGAAAACAGUAGAAUUUGGAAAGAGGUGCAGUACAUAACCCCACAAUAGUCACUCUAGUAACUCUCCCUGUUCCCUCCUUCUCUUUUUCUUUGACCAAGAUACUGUAUUUCACUGAGAAUGGCUGGUGUUGAUUCUAGUGAAUGUCUCAGAUUUGGUUACUGGGUGUUCAUAUCUGAAUUAGGUAGCAGUGGAAAUGCAAAGCUGAUGGUGCCUUCUGUGGAAGAACUGCAUUUAGCUUUUCUUUUCUAGGGGCUGGAGUUUUGUCUAAUCUUACUGGGUUUGUGGGAGAAUUCAGGUAGUGUCUUACCAGUCUGUAGCAGGGACAGUGUGAUAGAGUAGAACAUAUUUCUAAAACCCAGAUAUUACUGCAUAGCUGUCUAGAAAACCUAAUUUGAGAAGAAAACUGAUGCAAAUUCAAGCUUAACUACAUCAUUGUGCAAGCCAUCUUUCAUUUAGUAAACAGUUGACAGUGUGAGUUAAAUGCCUCCUCUAAAGGCUGCCAUUUUCUAUUACUAUUCAACGAAUUAAGCAUUCCAGAUACACUUACCUUGUUCUUAAAAGACCCUUUUGGGAACUGUUCAUGCUUUUGGAGAUGUGUUACAGAAAGCCACCUGCAUAUAUAGUAAUUGCAAACUAUUCUCAUGAACAGCAUAGCUUGGUGAGCCUUGUUCCUUUCAUUAGCCCAAUGUAGCUUUGUUUGGGAAAUUGCUGAGGUGACAGGAUCGCAGUUUUUAGCCUUGAGGUGGCAGAAUAUUAUAACAAUGUGGGUAGGAAAAUGUUAUGACUUCAUGUUGCUUCAGGGUCUGAAGAGCCCAGAGAUAUGGUAUUUCAUAUUUAACACCGAACAUGCAAGAUGUCAACAGAAUGUGUGAAAUUAAAAGAAGCAUUCCCUUUUCUUUUUCAGCUGCUUUAUGUUUUAGAAGAUGACCUUCCAUGUUUGAGUAUCCACAACUUUGCUAUGAUGGACCUCUGUACUGUUGUUACUCCUUACCCAUGGUUAGUUUUUCUCCCAUUGCAAAGAAUGAUUUCUCCUGGCAUUUGUAACUAGUAGGUAAUAGGGCACUGGUAUUAUAAUGUCAUUUUUGGUCCCAAGAGCUGUCUUGUUGAUCCUAGAAAAAAAGUUAUAUCCCAAACAGAUAAAACAAUGUUAGCUUUUGUCUUGAAACUGUCCGUAGUGUCUUUUGCAUGAGCAAUAUGUGUGUUUUGCUGGGUCCUGCAGGAAACUGAAAAAUAUUUUUGAGUAAAAAAUGAAACUAUUCUUUUUCUUCUGGCCCUUAUGAUUGUUGCAAAUAGCUGAACAAUUUAAGAUUCUUUCAGUUGUAUUUUCUUGCAGUUGUUAUAGCGCCUUUUAAUAGCUUGUAUAUAUGAUGUUCACAUCUCAUAGGUUCCACUGGGCCUACAUUUGCCCCCCAAAUUUAGAAAUGUUUCCCACUUGUUCUCUUUCAGCUAAUGCCCAUUCAAACAUGUGUUGCCAGCUGUCGAAAUGUAGACUACUAAGAAAGUCCAUGAAUCAACAGACCCCCAACUGAAACACUGGGAUGUCCCGAAUCGGAAAUUUUACAAAUUAUGUCAGGUUAAAAAACAUUGGCAACUGCCAGCCAAUUACUGAUUUUAAUGGGCAGUUUCUGAGUGCUGGGAUGGAGUAUGUAAAUACAGUAAGACUUUAAAGUUUCCCAUGUGAAUUCCUUUCCAUUUCUACAUGGACAAAUUCAUUUCUGCCAAUACGAGCUGCAAAAUGGUAAAUUGAUGGGAGAAGGAGAGAGUGAAAUUUUGAAUGUUGGAGCCAGGCCGAUUAAUUUACUUCCCAAACAAUUGUUUCCCCUUUGUUUGUUUUUAUCUCCCCUUUCUUGUUUCAAAAAGUAGUUGAUGAAUCAGAUGAGGACAGAGAUUUUAGGUACCUGUGGGUGGAAAGGGGCAGGAGAGGCAUUUGGAGCCUAAAUGAGCAAAACCAUGCAUGUUUAAUGUCCAGACAUCCCCAGUGCUUAUCUUGCACAUGAUACACCUGGAUCUGCUGUCAGUACUGCAGCUUUUGCAAUGCAUCAGGUUUGAUCUUAAAAGUUUGCAUCUUCCGUAUGAUUUUUCAUGGCCCUUCUUUACUCCUCUCACUCUCUCUAGAUUUUUUUUCCUUUUUUUGCCAAAACAAAAAAACCCUCAAGGUCAGAAUAGUUUUGCUUCAAAAAUGCAAGAAGAAAUAAUUGCAGGAUCUAGAUGUGCUGAAUUCUCUGUACUGAAUGACACAUCCUGGUCUAGGCAUCCUAGCUUUUUCUGUCCUUUGCAGUCUGAACCUCCCCCCCCCCCUUUUUUUUUUUAAAGCUUUGGUCCUUCUCUUCUCUGAGCUGAUUCCUACUUACUUUUCCAGUGAGUUGCUAUUAUAUUUGUUGUGAAAUGAAGACUUGGGACUUGGCUUUUGCUAGAUUCCAUCUGGUGUGUAAAUAAUAUUUGAAAUGUAAAUAGUAGCAUGCGAAUGAACUGAUCCAUGCACGGGAUUGUGAUUCAUCAUAAAUGUGUAUUUAUAUAGAGAAGGAUAUAUGUGCAGUUUGCCUGUCCAUUAUAAAACUUAAAAGCUUUACAUAUCUCUUGGUUUAAACGUGGAAUGCUUUAAUAGCCUACCAUCUAGUGUCUGCCUGGCAAAACUGCAGCUUGACAAAACUGGUGUGAACUGCCCCGUUUUCAUGAUGUUCAUGCUAUCUCUUCUUUUCCUACCUGCUUUGUGCAAUGAUUAUAUCAUAAGCUGCUGAAACUACAGGAGCUUCAUUAACUACUGUGUUAUCCUGAAACUGAGUCCCAUAUCUUCACUGGUCACACUUACCAAAGACAGCUGAAGAGAGUUUCUGUGAAUGGGAAUAUUUGAGGUCCAUUUCCCUGAAAGUCCUGCCUGUUUCAUGGUCAGGACACUAAGCACAAUUCAACAAAUAGUGGGUGGGCUUGAAUAGGUCCAAACUGACCACAUUAUCCAUUCUUCCCAACAUCACUUGAGCAACAAAUGCAUCUUGUUCACUCCCAUGUUUACUUAUAUUAUAAUAGUCAUGGUUUUCUGAAUAUUUAGAGUGGGACUGCUUUUGUUGGAGUUGACAGUGAUGAAGUUUUAAUGCCAUCGCACCUUUUAAAUGCUCUUUUCUUUCCACAAUGCAGAAAUUAAGCUCAUAAAGAUCUUUGUUAAAAGGAGCUUUGUGCAACAUUGCAGUGCCCCGAUUACAAACCCUUUCUGCUGUGGAAGCUGCAGUGAGGAUCUGUGCAGGUUCAUUUUGGGGCAUGCGUGAGGCCAAGCUACACUGAAUAUCUUCAAUUCUUCAGACCCACUGUCAAGGCAGCUUGCCUAAUUCUGUGAGAUUGUCUUAAGCCUGUGUAUGUUACCUGUCUAGGAACACCUGUUGUUAAGUUCUCUCAGCAGUUUAAUGCCAACUCCUGUUGUUUACAAGCAUCAUAGUCUUCAGACUUAUUUAUACAAAGUAUAAUUAGAAUAUGCACAUAAUAUCCUUCAGUAUUUUCAUCUUCCUUAACUGGGGAUAUGUCAACAUUAAAUUCCUAAAUGUCUGUUUUCUUGUCUGGAUGUGACCACUCGCAGGGAGAGCAAAGUAUCUGGUUGAUGUGGAGAUAUAUGACUGAAAUAAGUAGUAGUGGAUUUUUCAAAUCUAGUGCAAUAUGAUUGAAAACAAUGUGUUUCCUCCAGACUCCUUUUCAUGUAUCUUGCUUUAUAAUCCAUCUUAAUUUUCAGUGUUGAUACAACUUUUUCAUGUGUUGCUGCAGAUAAAUUACUCUCACAACAUUUGUGUGGAGAAAAUACAAUAUUAAAGCUAGUUCCUAAGCUUGACAUGAACAAAUAGAGAAGUGAAUAGUAAUACGUGAAGUGGGGUUGGUGACAAAAUUACCCCUUUUUUCUCCCCAGUGGAUACAGUUCUCAGCUGAUAAUUGCUACAUUUCCUCUGAUCAGUGAUAUACAUCAGCAUCUUCUGGGGCAGCAUUUGGGAUUUGCAGAUCCAUCUCUUGCUCCAUGGCAAGGCCCUCAGAGAUUUAACUCUGGCUGAAGGUGAUGUUCCCAUCCUGGAAUCCUGCCCCUCUUAUACUAAGAAAAAUGGGCACCAAUGGGUACAGAAAAUUGAAUGUCACAGUCUUCCCCCUUUCUUGGUCUGGGCCUUCUGUCCAGAUAAAUAACAUUAAGUGGUAGAGGGGGAUGUACAAAAUGUUCAGCAUGGGUAAGAUCUGAACUGGCUCCAAGAGCCCUGCUUUUUGACCUUGUGGUGCUUCAUUUGAAAUGUCACAGGGGUGAAGAAGAGCAAUUUAUGGGAUAGCUUAUAAUCACCUUACCCAUGGAAGAGCAUUAGGGUUGGCUUUAUCUGUGAAGUACACUAAAAUGGAACUGUAGAGAUGUGUGUGUGCAUGUAUUUGCACAUAGUUGUCCACACACUCCUAUUAAAGUUAAGCACCUAAUAAAGUUCAGUAUCAAUCACACUGAACCAGUGUAGAUACUCCUUAGGAGUAUGAAUGAUAAAAUAAACCAUACCUGCAAAUGUCUCACUGCAUAGUAUGUGCCUAGCAUUUUGAAACAAGUGUUUUGUUCACAGUCAAACGUCAAAACAAGAUUGGGCAUGGUUGGGUCUAUGACUUUGCCUAGUUCUCAAAUAUACAUACAUACAUACAUGUAUGUAUGUAUAGGAAAUACUGAGUUAACUUCCAAAUAUGUUUCUUCCCUGAUUCGUUGCAUGUUGUAAUUAAGGACACUCACUGUAAUUACCAUUGUGUUGUGUUUUUUAUUUCUUUUUAUAUGAAUGUAUUCUUCUGUGUUAGUCUUGUAAAUUGCAAAAUUGAUUGUAAAAGCCAAUUACACUUACUGAUGAUGGAAGGUAUUGUUAUAAGAGAAUUGCAUGCCAAUACAGUUUGACUGAAGUUGUGUUGUCUCAUUGCCAAUCGGUCACAGUCUGUCUAGGAAUGGAUAUAUUUUUGCUUAUUUGUCAUCUCAUCUUUGCAUUAGAGUAUGGUAUAUUGAUGCUCAUACAGAUUGCAGUGGACGUAACUGGACUUAUACAUGAAGUGAACACAACUUCUUUGUGUCAGUUUUUAAAGUGUUGACAGUGGUCUUCAUCAUGCUCUUGUACCUUUUUUUUUCCCCAUAGAUGAAACUGGUAGGAAUGUUUUAAUACUUUUAUUAUGGACAACAUAGUUUUACUAGUUGUGCAGUAUUCUGUAUUUUACUUGAAGUAAAUCAUUUUAUAUGCAAUUUGUUAGCAUAUUACAGUUUUAUAAAUAAAAUUGAGUGACAUCUCGUGUCUA